GAAGCUUAGAGUGCAACAGGAUGGGACAGAAAGCCAACCGGGCAAAUAAAAGGUUAAAAAACAAUAAUGUAGCGUGUUCUAUUUGGAUCAGGCGUGCCCCCUUUUUUUAAAUUCCCCAAUUAUUUUUGAUAGUGCCAUUUCCUCUUACAUCCACUGGAGGGAGCAGACUGUGUUAGUUGCAAGAAAUUAAAUCUUUUAAAAUAAUCACCCCUUUAAUGCCAGCGUCCAACGGUUACCCCAGGGGGCUUCUCCAUGCUCUUAUCUGUGGAUCGGUAGCCUUGUAGAGUCUGUGGGAGAAGAAGGGGGGCAAGUAGCCCUUUGUGAACAGGGAGCCCCCAUCCAUUGCAGUCAAUCUGGCAUAGGGUGCUCCUUUUAAUUUGCCUCUCGGGCUGCUCCUCUGUGAAUUUUUUCAGGGAGUAUGUAUCAAUGGGUGCAGAGAGGUGUCUGGGCUACGGGUUUCAUGGGUCCCUAGGUUUGGGGGGGUCCCAGGAUGGGCGAGAGGGUGCUUGAAAUGCAGCAGAAGAAACACAAGUUAAUGCACAGAGCAGCAGAGGCUGUUGUUGUUCUCAACGUGGUCCGCUCACCGAGUACAAGAGCUGCAGCUCAGAGCCAGGCGCUCCAUUAGCACAGAGCAGCUUUAACGCAGAGCAUCAGCGGCAAUCCAAGCGAGGUCCAAACACCGACCAUCAUGUCCCUAGAGCUGGAGGAGAACAUUCCCACCACUGAGGAGGAAGAUGAAGAGGAAGAAGAGGAGGAGGAGGAGGAAGGAGAAGAUGCAACUCCAUCCAAGAGAGCUCCCAGCAAGAGGAACAAAGGGGCCGCAGUCACACCUGCCAAGAAAAAGAGCAAAAAGAAGAAGAACCAGCCUGGAAGGUACAGCCAGCUAGUGGUGGACACCAUCAGGAAGCUGGGCGAGAGAAAUGGAUCCUCCCUGGCUAAAAUCUACAGCGAGGCUAAGAAGGUGUCCUGGUUUGACCAGCAGAAUGGACGCACAUACCUCAAGUACUCCAUCAAGGCUCUGGUCCAGAAUGACACCUUGCUCCAGGUCAAGGGAAUUGGGGCCAAUGGAUCCUUUAGGCUCAACAAGAAGAAGCUGGAGGGUCUCCCCGCUGAGAAGAAGGCUGCGCCCGCUAAACCAGCAGCCAAGAAGAAGGCAGCGCCUGUCAGCACUCCUAAAAAGAGCCACAAGAAGGCAAAGUCUAAGCCCAAACCCAAAAAGGAGAAUCCCAAAAAGGCAGCCAGCAGCCCUAAACCUGCAGCUAAGAGCUCUAAGAAGAAGGCAGCUAGUGGUGGGAGCAAGAAAGUGAAGAAGACUGCAAAGCCUAGUGUCCCCAAGGUCCCUAAAUCUAAAAAGGCAUGAGGGCACCUGCAGCAAGAAAAGCUUUUCUAAUGUGAGCACAUUCUGGGGUUUUUUGUUUUUUUUUUGUUUGCUUGUUUUUAUUUUAUUUUUAAGCACUUGUAUGAUGGCGGCUUCAUUUCCUUACAAAGACUGUGACUGCUAUGCCUCUUCAGUGCUGAGGGGAACAGACUGAACCCAUGUAAUCACAGAAGGUUUCUUGUAAUGUGAUCAAGGUUCUAUUCCCUCUGCAGCCACACCUACCACUUGAUACAAUGUAUCAGCCUUUGGAACUUUGAAACAACUCGCAGCUGCUGAUUGGCUGUUAACGCUGGCGAACAGCCAUCACCGUGGCAACGGCGUCUGGUGGGUGGGGUUAGCUGACAGCUUCAUUGAUAAACUGCUGGAGUCGGGGUUUCUAUUUAAUUGAAUUAAAUGUGUCCUGGGUCUUUGGAGGUAAUUUUGUAAAGAGAGUUCUAGGGACCAAUUUGUUUCUUUUUGUAUAUGUGUUUUGUUUUUUUUGCAUUUUAUAUAUAUAUUUUUUUUAAACAGUUUAUUUGCAUAGUAAUGUUAAUUUCAUGGUUCUGUUAAACAAUGAACAUUGAUAUUGGUUUUUGUUAUGCUUUAAUAAACUAAAUGUUAUCUACUCCCACUUUGUGUAUCUGUUGAUAACAUGAUAAAUCCCAAUCUCAAAAUAGCUGGGAUGAUUAAUAGAUUCUAAAUACACUAUGUGGGUAUUUUAUGCAGUUAAAAUAUAUUAUUUCAAGUAUCUAAGUAGUGUGUCUCAAGUGGUCGCUAUGAGAUCAUCUGAUUGAAAUAGCAGAAUUUUCCUUGUCUAUUCCAGUUUAAGUUUCUCUAGUGUACUGCAUGGGUUGGCAAUAUUCAGCACUCC